UUUCCGGUCGGUCCGAGCAGAAUAUUUCCUGUAGGCGGGGGAGGGGGGGGGGAGUACCUCUUUCACAAGCAGUACUUUAACGCUUCAGAACUGCGCGAGCACCGGUAACAGUCGACGGAAUCCUCAGCACAGCAGUCAUGUACUUGUACCUUCUGGGCCUGGUGGUUCUCUACUACCUGUACCGCUGGGUCAGAGAGCUCCCCAGGGUCUCUGACAAGAACAACAGGUAUGUUUACAUCACAGGAUGUGACAGCGGCUUCGGGAACCUUCUGGCCCAGCAUCUGGACAAGCAGGGGUUCCGAGUGAUUGCCUCAUGUUUCACCGAGAGAGGAGAGGAGGAGCUGAAGAAGUCCUGCUCCAGCAACCUGAUCACAACUCACUUGAAUGUUAGAUCUCAGGACAGCAUUGCCAAAGUUGCAGCAAUGAUUAGGGAUACAGUGGGGGCACGUGGCCUAUGGGCUGUAGUGAACAAUGCAGGCGUCUCCGUUCCCUCUGCCCCAUGUGACUGGCUGACUCUCGAUGAUUACAAAUCCAUGCUGGAUGUGAACCUGAAUGGGGUGAUUGGUGUGACCCUGAGCGUCCUACCACUCAUAAAAAAGGCCAGGGGAAGGGUGGUGAAUGUAGCCAGUGUGUUUGGGAGGAUCAGUGCUUCUGGGGGCCCAUAUACUGUCUCAAAGUUUGGUGUUGAAGCAUUCAAUGACAGCCUAAGGAUAAAUAUGGCACCUUUUGGUGUCAAGGUCCUCUGCAUUGAGCCAGGAUUCUUCAAAACAAAUGUGACCAACUCUGAAAUCCUGGGCAAAAAUGUUAAAAUGGUGUGGGAGAAACUUCCACAGGAGGUUCGAGAUGACUAUGGAAAUGAAUAUCUACAGAAGGCAUUAGCAGUGGUAUCAGACAAAGUUCCCAAGAUGAGUGAUGCAGACCUGAUGAAGGUGGUCCACUGCAUGGAACAUGCCGUGGCUGCUGUCCGGCCUCGUACUCGUUACUCGCCUGGAUGGGACGCCAAGCUUUUUUGGCUGCCACUGUCCUACAUGCCCACCUGUGUCAGUGAUUACAUCCUGCAGAUGGAAGCCAUUCCUAUCGCCAAGCAGAUCGAAUAACUUUAUAUUUGUCUUUGCAAAUACAGGCAUUCUUUCUGUGUGGACUGUACACACUUAUCAGUAAAUAAUAAUGAAGAACUGCUUUGUCUUUGUCUCUCUCUCUCUCUCUCU